CAUCCAGCAGCCCUCACACCCCCGAACAAACACCACGACCAUCUCACCGCCACCGUCGCGACCGAUCGAGCCAUCGUCGUUAUCGUCGUCAUCCCGAGCCACCGUCACCUCGUGUGGGGUGGUGGAGGGGGUGGUGGGGGUGGUGGUGGUGGUGGUGGGGACUCCGCAAUGACGGUGAGCGGAGAAGCGGCCAGGGACGAGGUGGCCUGUGAGGGCUCUCAGACCCCACACGCCGACGGCUUCCGCUGCGAGCCAGAGCUGAGCGGCCACGAAUUCUGCGAGCGCGUGGUGGUGAACGUCUCCGGCCUGCGCUUCGAGACGCAGCUGCGCACGCUCGCGCACUUCCCCGACACGCUGCUGGGCGACCCCCAGAAGCGGAUGCGCUACUUCGACCCGCUGCGCAACGAGUACUUCUUCGACCGCAACCGACCGAGCUUCGACGCCAUCCUCUACUACUACCAAUCGCGCGGCAAACUGCGCAGGCCCACCAACGUGCCCUACGACAUCUUUGCCGAGGAGGUGCGCUUCUACGAGCUCGGCGAGGAGACGAUGGCGCGCUACCGCGAGGACGAGGGCUACGUGAAGGAGGAGGAGAAGCCGCUGCCCGAGAACGCGCUCCAGCGCCAGGUGUGGCUCCUCUUCGAGUACCCGGAGAGCUCGAACCCCGCGCGCGUCAUCGCCAUCGUGUCCGUGCUCGUCAUCGUCAUCUCCAUCGUGAUCUUCGUGGCCGAGACCCUGCCCGAGUUCCGCGACGACAAGGACCUCCACUCGGGCACGCGCCACGACGUCGGUGCCGGCGACGCCGCUGUUGCCGCUGCUGGCAACAGCAGCGGCGGCAGCAGCGGCGGCGGCAGCGGCCACGCGCACGGAGGUCACGCGCACCCGGGCGGCGGCGGCGGCGGUGGCGGCGGCGCGCUCGGCCACGGUUACGGCCACGUGCCCGGCGUGCACGUGGCUGUGCCGCACGGCCGCGGGAGGCCCACCCCCGAGUUCGGCAAAGACCCGUUCUUCAUCGUGGAGACCGUGUGCAUCGUGUGGUUCAGCUUCGAGCUGCUCGUGCGCUUCUGCGCGUGCCCCAGCAAGCCGGGCUUCUUCAAGAACAUCAUGAACACCAUCGACAUCGUGGCCAUCAUGCCCUACUUCAUCACGCUGGGCACGGAGCUCGCGGCGCAAGACACGGGCGCCAACAACGGGCAGCAGACGAUGUCGCUCGCCAUCCUCAGGGUCAUCCGGCUGGUGCGCGUCUUCAGGAUCUUCAAGCUGUCGCGCCACUCCAAGGGGCUGCAGAUCCUGGGCCAGACGCUGCGCGCGUCGAUGCGCGAGCUGGGCCUCCUCAUCUUCUUCCUCUUCAUCGGCGUCAUCCUCUUCUCGAGCGCGAUUUACUUCGCCGAGGUGGACGACCCCAACACGCACUUCCACAGCAUCCCCGAGGCCUUCUGGUGGUCGCUCGUCACCAUGACCACGGUGGGAUACGGAGACAUGUUCCCCGUGACGCUGGGCGGCAAGAUCGUGGGCUCGCUGUGCGCCAUCGCGGGCGUGCUCACCAUCGCUCUGCCCGUGCCCGUCAUCGUGUCCAACUUCAACUACUUCUACCACCGCGGCUCGGAGGCCGAAGAGCAGACGCUGUCUGUGCAGGAGGACAGCGGCGGCAGCUGCGAGGCCGGCAACCAGAUCAAGAGGAGUAACAGCGUCUCGUCCGUCAGCAAGUCCGAGUACAUGGACGACAUGGCCUUCCUCGGACCCAACUACAUCGAGUGACGCUCUCAGUGGGUGGCUCUCUGCCUCUCCGAGAUUUGUGUUUGGGUGUUGUUGUUGUUGCUGUUUCACGGCAAACUUGCACUGCGCAGCGGACCGUGUGUCCGCAGUGCGUCUGUCCACACGCGUUGGGAUGGAGCCGGAGGGUCGGAGUGUGUCGGCGCACUGCGCGACGAACCCUGCCAACAAAGUUCGAUAUUCGGCCACGGCUUACAUCAGGUGGCGAGUGAUAUCUGAACCGGUUUUGGGCUUCCACCAGGUCGACUCAGCCCUAAGUGAGUACCUGGUGUGGUGUGAAGCAUCGUGGCAGAGGGGUACAAAGGUGGCCUGUCGUGGCGCUGGCAACACGCGUCCCCUUCCAGCAUUCGUAGGUGCUGGUUAAGAGCACUUGCCCCGAACAGCCACGGUAGGCUCCAUGGGGAACCUUUGUCUUGUUUUGUUCACACGCAUGGGGCUAUAGCGACGCGGUGGUCAGUGGUGUGAUGCUGGUGACGCUUUUUCGACUGCUUACCGAGCCAGGCGUGGUAGUUUCGUUGGGUCAACACGUUUAAAAAAUAAUUUAGGGGCUGGAGAGCCGGCAGUGCCAUGUCCUUUGGCCACAUCACUCCUCUCGAGUUCUGUGCCGAUCCUUCUUAAUGCGUUCUUACCAACAACAAAAACACUCUUUUUUAUUUUACCAGGUAAGGCCCACUGAGCUACGUAGCUCUUUUUCAGAAGCUACCUGGUUAUCACAAAUGAUAGCUCAACGAA